AUGCAACAGAAUUUGCAGAAUGCUCAGAAGAAGUUCAUGGAGGCAGAGGAAAAACUUCAUGCAGCAAAAUCUUUGGAAACAGAAGCAUUUACUGUACCACAGCCUGAAGAAGCCAUGUCUGUUCCUGAAGAGAAGGCUUCACAGAAUGUACAUCUUCAACUAGCAUCCCCAGUGGCCCCUAUCUUGCUUAGUGGUCUGCAACUUGGGCUUGAAGGCAAACACCAGUAUUUUAAUGUGGUACAUCUUCAACUAGCAUCCCCAGUGGACCCUAUCUUGCUUAGUGGUCUGCAACUUGGGCUUGAAGGCAAACACCAGUAUUUUAAUGUUGGUCUUACUCUUGCACUAUGUUCAACUUGGCUUCAGAGGACAUGUCGUGUGGGGAUAAAUUACCUAAACCACCCUACCUUUCUGCCUGCGGAAUUCAUUAAAGGGCUAACGACAACUACUCUGCAAGGAGGGGCACAAAAUGUACCUGAUCGGUUCAUUGAGAAUGGAAGCUCGGGUAAUGUUUUGCGCUGUCAUUUAUAA